UUGCUCAAUAAAGUAGCGAGGGAACCAAGCUCCAACGACCCCGGGUUCCGCGGCUCCUGGUUCGCCGGCACCGUCAUCCGCCGCGAGGCGAAUAACCCUAAUCGCUACGUAGUCGAGUACGACCAGCUCUACGAGGACGAAUCUGGGGAGAAGCUGCUGCAAGAAACCCUCGAUUGGAUCCAAUUGCGUCCGCCGCCGCCGCCUCCCGAGAAGAAGAAGGUCCAGUUCAAGUUCGGCGACGAAGUGGAGGCCUUCCACAGCGACGACUGGUGGGAAGGGGCUAUUACUGCGGAGCACUCCGGCGGGAAAUUCGCGGUGUUCCUCAGAGGCUCAAAGGAGCAGAUUGUGUUUGAAGAGAAAGAUUUGAGGUUGCCUGUUCAGUGGGUUAAAGGGAAGUGGGAGCCGCGAUUCGAAUAG